GCACUCCACGCUGAAGACACACUCCGGGAACAUGGCCUGCAAGCUGAUCGUCCUCGCCGCCCUCGUGGCUGUGGCCCGCGCCGGCUACCUGGGCGCCCCCGCCGUCGUCGCCCCCGGCCCUGCCAUCGCUGCCCGCGCCUACGCCGCCCCCGUGGCCUAUGCCGCCCCCGCUGUGAGGGCCGUUGCCGCCGCCCCCGCUGCCGUCGCCGCCGAGUACGACCCGUACCCGCAGUACAGCUACGGGUACAGCGUGUCUGACGCCAUCACCGGCGACUCCAAGAGCCAGCAGGAAUCCCGCGACGGUGACGUCGUCCAGGGCAGCUACAGCGUGGCCGAGCCCGACGGUUCCAUCCGCGUUGUCGACUACACGGCUGACCCCGUCAACGGUUUCAACGCCGUCGUGCACAAGGAGGCCGGCGUGCACGCCGCCCCCGCCAUCGCUGCCGCCCCUGCGCUGGCCUACGGAAAGGCCUACCUGCAUUAAAAAUCUCUCCAGUCAACAUGUAUUCAUAUAAAUACUAUGUACAAAGCCAUAUUUAUCAGUGUACCUGGAAUGUGUAAUAUAAAAACAGUUACAAACGUC